UUCAUUUGCGUGGAGCAACGGAAAACGGAAGGUGCUCCGGCCUAGCUGCGAGUUCAGUGUGGUGGAAUUUUUCCUAAAGUGCUAUCGUUAUUAAUACAAAUCGGUUACGAUUGAUUACAUGAAGUAGAAAUGAAACGAUUACUUUUUAUGGUAGCACUGAUUGCUUGCGUAAUAGAUGCUCACAGUUUGGAGCUAGUCAAUCAAUGGGGCUUCCUGAAUUUCGAUUUCCCUCCAAAUUUCGAUCUGAAAUUCUUCAGACCUGAAAAUUCAGUUUUAACUGGUAUGGAAAUAACAGAUGAUCGAAUAUUCCUGGCGAUGCCUAGACUUAGGUCGGGCGUGCCAGCUGUACUUUCCACUAUUCCCCGGAACACUCCGGGAGGAUCCAGCCCAAUUUUACAGGCGUAUCCAGAUUGGUCAAUGCACGGAGCAGCUACUGGAAACUACAAUUGCUCCGGACUAAUAUCGGUUUAUAGAAUCCGAACGGAUUCCUGCAACAGGUUAUGGGUGCUCGAUUCAGGUACAGUGAACACCCUCGAAGAUUUCACCGUCGUUUGUCCCCCAAAACUCCUCAUUUUCGACAUCAAAACCGACCAAAUCGUCCGCACCGUAGUGUUCCCCAAAGAAGUUGUACGACCAGUCUCAGUUUUCACCAAUCUCAUUAUAGACGAGAGUUUACAAGGGAAAUGCGACUCGGCUUUCGUCUAUAUCAGCGACACUGUGGCGGGAGGAAUAGUCGUUUACGACGGCGCCACGGACAGAACGUGGAGAUUCUCCGAUCCAUCGAUGUUUCCCAAUCCGGACCACGCUACUAUUAGCAUCGUAGGCGAGAGGUUCACGCUAAUGGACGGUGUAAUAGGAUUAGCGCACUCGCCGCAACUAGCGACGUUGUUUUAUCAACCUGUGGCCUCCGACAGGAUAUUCAGCGUGCCGACGUCGGCCCUUACUAAGGGCCCACCGGCGGAAUUCGAGGAGUUUCCCGUAAGGGUGGCCGGUAGAAAAUCAUCGCAGGGACUUCCUUUGGCCAUGAACGAGCGGGAGAAUGUGCUGUAUUUCAGCCCUUUCAGCGAGACCUCGUUGGCUUCGUGGAAUGUGCUCACCAACGAGCAGGAGAUUUUGGCGUCGGAUCCGUCGGUUCUUCAAUUCGUCGCGGAAAUACGGUGGAAAUCAGAAGAUGGUAGCGUGUACUUGCUGGUGACGCGCUUUCACAAGUUUUUCAGAAGGACCGUUUCGCAAAAUGAAGUAAAUUUGAGGAUACUCAGGUUACCAGCUAAGCGAGAGUUGCCAAAGAAUUUCGAUCAUUAUACGAGUGUAACCUCAUCGCCGGUUUUCCCUAGGUUAAAUCACAAUUUUUAUUUCAAAUAAUGUAACGUGUUAUAUUAGUAUUUUGGAAAAUUAAAUACAUGUAGGUACUCUUUGGAUUGAAUAACUUUGUUAAUUUUCAAACGCAAAAAUCGAUUAAGUUUCCCGAGUGAACGAAAUAUGCCCAUUCCCAACAGGAGCUACAUGUUCGUAACGAGUGUUUUACGUAUACAAAUUUUAAAUUUACUAUGCUGUAAAUCAUAAAAGGUUUGUAUUAAAAUGAAGCAUCUACCAAGUUAUAUACGUACCUAAACAUAUAAAAGCACUUGUUUACUUAAAAUUGUAAUUACUCUACUUUCAAAACAAAAGUUUAU